CCCCAGCUCCCAGAAGAGGAUGUGCAGAUAUUGCUGCUGGAGUCCAAUACUUCCACACCCGCUAUGGGAGAAGGAGACCAACAAGAAACAUUUUCAGAGCCCAAAGCAGCACUGCAGCCCCUUGGGCAGAGUGGAGGACAGCAAUGGGGUUCCUGGUGCCAUGUGACAGGAAGGAGGAGAUCCCGUGUGCAGCUCAUUGCUUCAUGUGCAGCACUGGGAACCCUCAGCCUCGUGCUGGUGGUGAUAUCGACCGCAUGUCGGCAGGUCCCUGUGCCACCUUUCCCAGACUUUGCCCACGUGUGCCCCAACGCCUGGGUCGGAUUCCAGGGGAAAUGCUAUUAUUUUUCGAAGGAGGAGAAUGAUUGGAACAGCAGCAGGGAGCACUGCAAUGCCCACGGAGCUUCCCUGGCCACCAUAGGCAGUGCGGAGGAGAUGGAUUUCAUGAUGCGCUUCCAGGGCCCGGCAAUCUGUUGGAUCGGGCUGCACAGGGAAGAAGAGGACACCCAGUGGACGUGGAGCGAUGGCACAGCCUUCACCAACUGGUUUGAGCUGCGAGGUGGAGGCCGAUGUGCGUACCUGAACGGGGACAGGAUCAGCUCAUCCCUGUGCCACCUACACAAGCACUGGGUCUGCAGCAGAGCUGACCACUACGUCCUCUGGAAGCAAAAGGUGCACCCACAAUGAGAGAUCUCAUCACCACCAACCUUGUGCCAGUGCUGCUGUUGUAUUACAGUGUAUUAUCUUGCAGCCCGAUGUCCUUUCUAGUCAAUUACUUUGUUUCUGCUCAGAUCGUUGCUGCCGUGUUGUUUUUGGGCCCAUCUCGCUAUCCUUUUCCCUGUUCCCCUUUUCUGGGGUGGCGAUCCGCGGGUCCCUCUGCCCCGCUACUCACGGAACCGGGCCGAACCAGCCCAUAAACCACUGACAUUGUGGAUGAGGUGCUACGAGAUGAGGCUGAGGAGCUCAGCGGUGGUGAUGGUGAUUGGAGGACAGUUGGAUGGGAUGAUCCUGUAGGUCCUUUCCAGCCCUGUGCCUCUAUGAUUCUGUCAUCAUUCUGAGCCACUCUCUGUCCGGGCCGUAUUGUUUCAGGCACGCU